AUGCCGGUCACACCUACCCCAACGGGGAUCAUUGAGGCGCUCCGGAGUUGUGGAGAUAAAGGCCGCGCGAAGCAAUGGCUGCAAUUUCUCUCUCGGAUCGCUGAAGUCGUCAAUCUUUUGUUCUCCACCGAGCGAGAGGUCAUGUUCAACCACAGGUUCAUCAAGGGCGAGUAUGCUAAAGGCGUGCACAAUCUCACGUAUGAGCGCCCUAGUGCACCUGCAGCCCAAAACCCGUUUUGUGAUGCCGGAGUGGACAACACGACCAAGCUGCAGGCCCUAUACUUCGGCCAAUGCGUCCAUUCUGUAAUCCUCAGCACACCCUUGUUGGUUUAUUUGAGUAGCGAUUGCGAUAUCCGGGUCCGCGAAUACGACAUCUACGUCAAUCCUCAAGUCAUUACAAGGUCCACGAACACGGGUACUCUGAACAACUUCCCAGUACACUCUAUCUUCUUCGUCGCACCGUCCUUCUUGCCCGUGGCGGCGAUAGGAUUCGAGCCUUUCAAAGACCCUGGCAUGAUUCUCGACCCUUCCGCUCGUCAAAUGGGCUUCAAAGAGACAAUUUCCUGCGCAGCAAACUAUUUCAGCAAUAAGUUCAAUUCCCGCAGGGAAGGCCAUAGAAGUAGACCGCUUGGAACACACCUAAAUCGGAUCAAAGCCGGCCUUCUCAAUUCUCCGCCUUCGUUCUGCAACAACAACUCCGAGUUUCGCCAAGAGAUAUCGCUUCGGGUAAUUUGUAACGCUGUCUACGAAGAGAUAGAGCGGUGGGGAGGACCAAGGGUAGUGGUGAGCCUGGAAGCAGCCGUAUGGGAACAUUUCUUUGACACACUUAGAGCACGGCUGGAGCGCGAUUUGAGACAGCUCCGUGUCCGGGUGGAUGAUCUCGAGUUUGCGGGAUUGCGCAUCGAAGACAUGGAGGAUAGGGCAAAGGAUUUGAUGAGCCAGUAUUAUCAGGGUGGUUACAGGAACAUGAUGGCGCUGGCCUCAGACCUGUACUCUUGA